AUGCCCGGCGUCACCGUGACCGGUUCAGAGACAUAUGUUACAUGGCUACGAAACCCGGACACUGCAGCAGGAUUCUUCAUCGCGCGACAGAGCAAUUCGAGCUCUCUCGCCGACACGACAUUCCGCAUUUCGGUCCCUACUUCUGAAGGCACACUCUCGCUGCCACGAACGUUCGACGCGAUUGCCCUUAACGGGCGCGAGAGCAAGGUACUCGUGACAGACUACACUUACGGCACCAACUCCCAUGUAUUGUACUCGACUGCAAGCGUGCUCUUCGCAGGGACGAUUGGUAGCCGGGACGUGCUCUUCCUAUACGGUGAUUCGGAUGAAAGCAGCGAGGUGGCGCUAACGUUGAGCGGCAAUGGCGUCCGCGGCGAGACAACGGGAGUAUCCUUCGGGUCUGCUGAUAUCGGGGAAUAUUCUACGAUCACAUUACUCUCGGGUAUAACUGGCUUGCUCCCGCUGUGGGAGUCGGACACGCAGCUCGUGUACUAUGCCGACCCGAUCACAGCGGCGACGUUCUGGGCACCCGCAAUCCCGACAAAUCCCGCUGCUGAUUUCGCGAACUACUGGCAGUUUGGCACGAAUACGACCGCCCUGGUCGGAGGGCCGUACUUGGUGCGGAACGCGAGCAUUGAGGGGAGCACCUUGGCUCUCAGAGGUGACUUGAAUAGGAGCGUUACCCUCACCGUCGUUGCUCCGGAUGAGGUGACAUCUGUGUCGUGGAAUGGCGCGACGGUGAACACUGCGAGUCUCACCGGUGGCGUUUUGGUCGGGUAUUUGAAUAUGGGCACGAGCUUGUCUUCAGUCAAUGCCCCGACUUUGACGGGAUGGCGGUACAACAACAGUCUACCCGAGGUGUUGGCGAGCUUCUCAGAUGCAGACUGGUUGAUCGCAAACCACACGACGACAAACAUCAUGCCGGGCAUGUUAUAUGGAAGUGGCCAGGUUCUCUUUGGUGUGUACAUUUGUCUUGACUUUGAAUGGGGGCCUUUCUUGACAAAUUCUAUUCAAGGAUGUGACUAUGGAUACUGCGAGAACAUCGUUCUUUGGCGAGGUCACUUCACUGGUACAGGCUCUGAAACCUCGGUGAACUUGACGAUUAAUGGAGGCACUGCGUUUGCGGCGUCUGUGUGGAUCAAUGACCAAUUUAUCAGCUCAACCUGGGAUGUGAACGCAGAGCAGACCACCCUCGUCUACACCUUCCCCGAGGGAUCCGUACGCGUUGGGGAAGAUAAUGUAGUGACAGUCAUUCAGGACGGGAUGGGUAACGAUGAAAGCCCUAAUGGUAUUAUUUCUGAAUCUUUGACAAUUACUUUUCUGAGUAGUCUGCCAGAAAAAUCGCCGCGCGGAAUUCCAGGAUUUUUGCUCAAUGGCGGGAACUUCACCGAAUGGCGGGUACAAGGCAAGCUGGGAGGCUACACGGAUUACCCAGACAAAGUUCGUGGUGUCCUCAACGAGGGCGGCCUGUAUGGCGAGCGUGAGGGUUGGCAUCUUCCAGGCUAUGACACGUCGGAAUGGACUGAGCGCGAUCUGUCUGAGGGCCUGCCAUCGGGUGCUCCAGGUGUCGGCUUCUUCGUGACGACAUUCAACCUAUCAGUUCCUGCGGAGACGGAUACACUCAUGUCAUUCCAAUUUGACACAACGAACCAGACAUACCGUGCGACUUUGUUCGUGAAUGGGUGGAACUACGGGAAGCGUGUAGCGAAUAUUGGACCGCAGACGAAGUUCCCUGUGCCACAGGGAAUCUUGAACUAUCAAGGAUUGAAUACCGUCGCCGUGGCGAUAUGGGCGUUAGAAGAUACCCCCGUCUCGCCCACUCUCGCGCUUGUCGUUGACAACGUAAUGGAGGGCGGUGUUGGCCCCAUUGCUAUCAAUAAUCCUGCAUGGUCGCCACGUGGCACGGCAUUGUGA